AUGGCUCUUCUUCACGCCCACGCCCUUUUUUUGAUUUUCACCGUUUUCAUCAUUAUAACGUCUUUCUCAUCCGAAACAUCCUGUUUUCGGCUUCAUGAUUCCCGCGCCUAUACUACUUCACGCAUAGUAAGCAUCCCUUCAACUUCAACUUCAACUUCACCACCGAAUCCGGAGCUGCUUAAUGUAGAUGCCUUUGGCGCUAAAGGCGAUGGAGGAGAUGAUACUCAGGCAUUUAAGAAAGCAUGGAGAGAGGCUUGUUCUUCAAAAGAUAGCGUUCUUGUGGUACCUCAAAAUAGGAGCUAUCAUCUCAAGCCAAUUACAUUCAAGGGUCCUUGCAAUUCUAAUUUCACAUUCAAGGUCUAUGGAACAAUCAAAGCUUCUCCUCGUAAAUCAGAUUAUCAAAAACAUAAACGACAAUGGCUUGUGUUCCAAAAUGUUCAAAAUUUUACUGUCGAAGGUGGGGGCACGGGCACCAUCAAUGGCAAUGGGAAGAGAUGGUGGAAUAACUCAUGCAAAAUCAACAAAACUCUGCCUUGCACGCACGCACCAACCGCCGUGACUUUCCUCAACUGCAACAAUUUGACAGUAGAUAACUUGCGGAUCAAAAACGCACCACAAAUGCAUCUCACGUUUCAAAGAUGCUCAAAUGUCAAAGCUUCACGUCUCGUGGUAACUGCACCGGGGCAUAGUCCCAACACCGAUGGAAUUCAUGUCACAGAAACGCAAAACAUUCAUAUUCAAAACUGCAUUAUAGGGACAGGGGAUGAUUGUAUUUCGAUAGUAAGUGGGUCUGAAAAUGUUGAAGCCACAGAUAUUACCUGUGGACCCGGCCAUGGAAUCAGCAUAGGAAGUUUGGGUGCGAGCGGUUCAAGUGACUAUGUUUCGAAUGUGUUGGUCGAUAGAGCGAUACUAUCAGGAACCACAAAUGGAUUGAGAAUAAAAACAUGGCAGGGCGGCUCUGGAUAUGCCAAAAAUAUUACAUUUCAAAAUGUUGAAAUGCACAGUGUCCAAAACCCUAUAAUCAUAAAUCAAUAUUAUUGUGAUAAAAAAGAACCUUCAUGCUCAGAACAGGCUUCAGCAGUCAAAGUAAGCAAUAUUGUUUACAAAAACAUCACAGGUGUCAGCGCAUCAGAGGAAGCCAUAAACUUCAAGUGCAGCAAGAGUUUUCCAUGUCGUGAAAUUUGGUUGGAAGACGUUAAUCUUGCCUACCAAGAAGACGAAAGUGUCAAGGCUUCUUGUGAGAGCGUUAAAUAUUUGACUAAUCAGGGGAACGUCUCUCCUUCGUGCUAG